AUGUUCUUAUCGCUGUCGUUGCUGUCGACCGCGCUCCUCCUUUUCAGGCUCUCCCCUCCUCGCCCACUUCUUCCCCUCGACUCUCAACUCAAGGUAACACUCCCUUCUCCGCCCUCAGUUACCUGGAAAGGCUCCCGAAUCCUUCUUACGAGUACCAAGAACGUCGUCACCGCUGUUGCGGCUCAUGGUCGCCCUUCACGAGCCAGAAUCACCUCGCCUCCGUCAACUCCUCCCAGCAUCCUCAACUCACCCCACGGCUCCCUAACCUCGCCCUUGUUCGCCGGACAAAUCCAAGCACUAUUCAUACAAUCAGAAGAAGCCCAACGAAUGCGUCCACCACCGCUUAGAGCUCGGAUUGCUUCUCGACUUCUUUCGCGAGGUGGACAUGUGUCCGUCGGAAACGACAAUGUAUUCCCGACAAUCAGUGGCUUUGGAGAUGAUUGUGGUGGCUGA